CAUAGUGUUCGACAGCGCCACCAAUUUGGUAGAGUUGAACUACGCUCGAAGCUAGGGGUGAACAAGGUCGCUCCCGAAAGCCACGGUCUUUAUUAGGGGAUUACGAUGGUCCCUGCAAGGGACUCUGCGCUUCGGUCCCACUUUUCUUUGACUAGGAAGAAGCGAACAAGUAUCCAUUCGUGGAACCCAGCGCUUCCCCUUCCGAUUUGUUUCGGUUUCAGUCUGUCUACCAACGUCAUGAUGACGCUUCUCGGUUAGAGGUCACGUGUUAGAGGUCAAUUCUUGCUUGGGAAAAAUGGCGGGGCAUUUGAAGCCUUCUUAUAGGUUCUUCUUCUGCUUCGUCCUUCUUAGGUUAGGACAUAUGCAGUAUAGUGUUCAACCUAAGGAGGAAAAGAAAUAUAGUCCGGAGAAGCACUGUAGCGCCCCCACGCAGCGUGGUGGUGGUGGUGGUACGGCUGAAAGAGCUCGCCGAUGCCGGCCUCACAGAGGUGGGCAACGUCACGACUGACGCACUGGGGAAUGUGCGUCAUGGGCCGACUUCUAAGGGAGCUGUGCCAACGUAUGUAUGAAAGUGCCGGAGGAAAACCCAUGAAAAACCCCAGACAGCACAGCCGGCUCCGGGAUUCGAACCUGGGUACCUCCCAGGAUCGAACCCCGUGCCGGCUGUACCACGGAGCGUGGUGGUGAUGCCAUGUGGCCAGACUGAACAGCCAAUACGGAAGCAGAGUGAGCAUGGUGAGCUAUAUUUUCUCGCGGAGGAGCGAGCGUGACCUCUCUGUGUGCAGCCAUUCCAUCUGCGGCGCAGUAACAUUUUGAGAGGUGACGGACCCGAUUUCUUUUUCUCCUUCAGCUGAACUCGACUAAAAAGUAACUAGUCACAGUUACAAGUGAGUUGUAACUACCCAAGAAGCCACUACUCAACCCAAAGGAACCGCCCCUGUCCACAUUAUAGGGUAUGACUUUUUCGGGUUAAAUGUCUUUCCCGGAUUUGGGGGGGGGGGGUGAAUCGGGUGCUAUUCGGAGCUCUGAUAGUCGGGGUGUCAGACCAUAAAUACAGUCUCGCAAAAUGCGCAAAUGAGAGGAGGCAUUCCUAGCUAUCCUACGUACCGGCUACAGGACGUCCGAUGGACAUGCGUAGGACAUUCUGGUGGAAUGAUAUAGAGCGCUAAAGCAACGUUUCUAACACGCGCUGCGAUUAUAACACAGUGUCAUCCGAACUGUUAUCCAGAAGGACUGCCGAGCUGACCAAGCAUCUGUGAUGAAAGUUUCCUCUCAUCAGGAGCAUUUCGCGAUAUACAUAUGACGUCACUUGCCUACACGGCAUGAAUCAUAGGCUUAUUUUCUGUCCAAGGAGCCAACCGCAAAGGCUUCCAUAUUUUUGCACUUUGGAAACACUUUGACGUCAACAGUGUGGAUCGAGAAAUAUUUACCAUUGAAGACGGAUAUACAUAGUCAUUCGACGUGUAAUUGAUAUCCAUAACCAUACAGUAUAAAAGUAUUCUGUCCUGAUAAAGCGUUAUCUCACAAGUGGGAGGAAGUUGGAGCAGGAGCUGCAGACCUGAAGCGGAAAGACAAGUCCGGUUCUUUUCGAACAUGAGGGUGUCCACGUCGUCCCUUGUCGUCAUCACCCUGUCGUUGAUGACGCUGUCACCUUCUACAUCCUAUCCAUGGACAGAACGCGUUCCAGCUGAAUACGGGGACUAUGGCACUACGGCCACUAUUGCCACUAGUGCAGAGACGACACUGGGAAGAACGUCACCCGCACCUUUCCAUCCCAGGAUCGAACCAGCAUCCACCUGUGGAGCUGACGUCAGCAAAACGGUGGAGAAAGUGGAGAGGGCACUCCAGACCUUACCAGCGAUAAAGAACCUCGGCAUGAGGUCUGAAGUGUUAGGAAUUUCGAUCCACAACGAAACCAUGGAGGGAUUGGAUAAUCUUCGCCCAGACAGACCAGUCAUGAACUUUUGCAGGGAUGGUGAACAAGUAGUCAAGCUCAGUUUGGCACCGACGGCUACUUAUCGGCGCGUUGCUCUGAAGCUGCAUUAUGGCACUUACUACGAGUCUUAUAUUGAGAUUACCGCAGGAAGAUUGCGCGUCGAAGUGGAUUUUGCAGAAUGGCCUUACUGGGGCGGCAAGGAGGUACCGAGGGUUGACAGCGUCAACGCUGUAGAGGUAGAAGAUAUUGAAUUGCGGUUCGGGAAUAGUGACAUAGGUCGGUGGUUGGAGCCCAUGGCGAAUCUGAUCUUGUACGAUGGUAUUAGAAGUCUGUACACGGACCGACUACAGAAUGAACUGUUUAGCGAACUUUACGAAGCCCUUCGUUAGACGAGCAGGAAUUCGUGGAACGUGAUUUGAAAAUUUGCCCUUACCGCCUGUCCUAUAUGCCGCGAUGACAUCAAAUAAAAGUUCAUCGUUGUAAUUAUAAUAAUAAUAAUUUAUUUCACCAAUGA